GCUGCCACCUAUUGAUGCACACGGUGCUGCCACCUGUUGAUGUACACGGUGCUGCCACCUGUUGAUGCACACGGUGCUGCCACCUGUUGAUGUACCCGGUGCUCCCACCUAUUGAUGCACACGGUGCUGCCACCUGUUGAUGCACACGGUGCUGCCACCUGUUGAUGCACACGGUGCUGCCACCUGUUGAUGCACACGGUGCUGCCACCUGUUGAUGCACACGGUGCUGCCACCUGUUGAUGCACACGGUGCUGCCACCUAUUGAUGCACACGGUGCUGCCACCUGUUGAUGUACCCGGUGCUCCCACCUAUUGAUGCACACGGUGCUGCCACCUGUUGAUGCACACGGUGCUGCCACCUGUUGACGUACACGGUGCUGCCACCUGUUGAUGCACACGGUGCUGCCACCUGUUGACGUACACGGUACUGCCACAUGACACACACGGUGCUGCCACCUGUUGACGACACUGUUAAGGAGAGAGCGGAUGUGCAUCCUUUGUGCGUUUACCAACAUGGUGUAGUGGAGUUCGGUCACCACAGUGUUCGAGGAGUUAUCAUAUCUUUCUAUGGACUUCAGCAUCCAAAAGGCAGUUCCGUCAUCAUCAUCAGCAUCAGCAUCAUCAGCAGCUGCAGCAGCAGUAUUACCAGACGUGUGUCAGUUGACGGGGGCGUGGCAGUGGGCCACCAGCCUGCCCUUCAGCCUGGCGAACUUGCAAGGAGUACAAACAGGUUAAAGACGCUGGCCCACGCAGGUACCCCUUCUACUACGAUGACUGGUGGAGAUGUUAUGACUCUCAUCACUCCUCCCAUGAGACCAACACUGUCGAAAUUCAUAUGUUGCUGAACUUGCUGUGCAACCCAUUCUUGGACACAGCUCCACAGUAUUGUUGCUCAUAUGUUGCUUAACGUGCUAUGCAACCAGUAUCAGGACACUGUUGUGCUACGUGCACAUGUUGCUUAACAUACAGUACAACGUAUUGACUUCGUGCUGGCCAAAUAGGAGUGCUGAGUUGCUGCUCUACUCCGUUAAAACAAAGGAAAGAAGUCUUGGGAAGUUCUCUUCAACGGCUUGGAAAACGAAUUAUAGACGACAGGAUCUCUUGCAAGUCGCCGGACGAUGUACACACAACAUGGCUCUAUCGAAGAUCACAUGAUUUUUUUAUUUAUUCAUAUACAAGAAGAUACAUUGAGUUGUGAGAGUACAGUACAUAACAUUUAUGUUUGAGUAGUGUAAGAUUCUUACAAAGCCUGCCCGAAACACGCAUAGCGUUUCGGGCAGGUCCUUAAUGUAACUAAUAAAAGUAUAAGUAUUAAUAGCUACAUUGUAGCAGAAUUUGAGUGUAACACUACAAUAUAAAUUGAUAGAAUUGAUGGUACUGGUGAGGUUGCAAGUCUUAAUUACUAAAAUUGUGUGAGUAGGCAGCACAGGAUAGAAUGUGAGUUUGGAGCAUAAGGUAGGAAAUUAUGGGGAUUAAAUUAGGUACUUUUUUGCUUUACUUUUGAAUAAAGCAGGGAGUGAGUUCCAUAGACUGAGUCCUUUUAUUUGCAUGAAGUGUUUGCACGAAUUUAGUCUGACUCUAGGGAUGUCAAAGAGUUAAUUAUUUCUGGUGUGGUGCUCAUGGGUUCAAGAAAGAGUUUCAGCUCAGGAUUGGCAUUUAGGAAUAAGGGUUUGUACAUGUAAAUAGUACAAGUGAAUGUGUGGAGUGAGUGUAUGUUCAGCAUGUUUAGGGAUUUAAACAAAGGGGCUGUGUAUUGUUGGAAGAGAGUUAUAGUUCUGAUAGCAGAUUUUUGCUGGGUGAUGAUGUGCUUGAGGUAAUUUCCAGUGGUUGAACUCCAUGCACAGAUACCGUAUGUAAGAUAGGGAUAGAGUAGUAAGUAGUAUAAUGAAAGGAGAGCACAGUUGGAACAUAAUAUCUAAUUUUAGAGAGAAUACCAACAGUUUUUGAUGAUUUACUUCCAAAUAAAAUGUAGUAGGCCUUUUCUAUGCUUAGUGUGAGUUUGUUGGUUAACAUCCAUGAGUGGACAUUUUUUAAUUCUUGAUUUACAAUAUUAUUUAGUGUGUGUGUGUGUGUGGGUUGGGGUUUGAGUAGAUGAAGGUAGCUUCGUCAGCAUAUAGUAUAGGUUUAAGAACGUUAGUGACAUUUGGCAAAUCAUUCCUGUACAUCAAAUAAUAUCAUCCAGCAACCAGAUUUCGCUUAGGCAACGUAGGUACAUUCUACCAUCUAUAAAACCUAGACAGAGCUACUAGCUUGCAGGCACCGCUCCUGUGCCAGGUAAGUCCACUACGGGCUCACCAUAGCCCGUGCUACUUGCCCCGUUCCUAUGCCAGGUAAGUUACGGGCUCACCAUAGCGCGUGCUACUUGUCCCGCUCCUAUGCCAGGUAAGUUACGGGCUCACCAUAGCCCGUGCUGCUUGGAACUUGUUCCGAGUAGCUGAAUCUAUAAGAACAACAACAUACUAGCUUGCACCACAGCAGCCGACCAAUAAGCAUGCAGAGCAAGAUUACCCAGUCACCUGACUGGAUGGCGUCUCACCUCUUCUCAUCCUGUACGGAAUAUAUACAGUACUAUCACCUCUACAAUUUGUGUUUAUUUUCCUCUGCCUUCGAAGAAACUGGAAAGUACUUCAGCGAAGCGCAUCCGUUAACGACACACGUCAGGCCCUUUAAAAUUAAUUUUGUCCUAGUCUUGUAUAAUAUAUAUAGUGUAUUAUUAAAUACGAAAGUACUUAAGGAAA